AUGUCCUCAACCACCAGCAGUCUCGGUGAACAGAAGGACCUGCUACGAAAGAGAGUGGCGGAGCAAAUCAAGAAACUCGACCCGCAGGAGAUCGAAAGACAGUCGAGGAUCAUCACCGAGCAUGUCUUGCAGCUGCCGGCCUACCAAGAUGCGACAUCUAUAGCAGUAUUUUUGUCCAUGCCUGCAAGGGAAGUCUCAACUCGUGAUAUCGUGUUGCAAGCCUUUGACGAUGGAAAAUCCGUAUUCGUCCCGUAUCUACAUGCGGGAGAUGCUCCCAAAUCCAGAGUCAUGACCAUGUUGCAGUUGCAUGACCAGGCCGAUUUCGAAUCCUUGAAACCAGAUGCCUGGGGAAUUCCUUCCAUUUCCAAAGACUCGGUAGAGAGAAGAAGAAACGCUCUCGGUGGCAUUGGUAUCUCGAAUGCGCCUUUAGAAGGUCAAGAUCACUACCCGCUUCUGGAUCUCAUCCUCACACCGUCGGUCGCCUUCGACCAGCACCACCGCCGUCUGGGCCAUGGCAAAGGUUUCUAUGACCGCUAUCUCCAAACUUAUAAGAACGCGCUCGACUCCAGCAAGGCUGCACGGAAAAUGCCACACUUGGUUGGAGUUGCCUUGCGCGAGCAAUUAUUGCCGCCAGGCGAGGAAGUCCCUGUCACUGAGCAUGACUGGCCAGUCGAUGAGGUCGUCGUAGCCGAGAAUUGA